CUCUCAGUCCAGUCAAGCAUGUCGCUCUUGCGGGGACUCCUGCUGCCCAAACACAGGAGGCUACGAGGUCCCCAAUGACUCCACCGAGCCGCAGAUAGAAGCGCCUCGUUGAAGCAAAGGAACAUGUCUCGUGGGGGUUGGUGCCCGCUGCUGCUGGUUCUUCUUCUGGCUCGUGAAGUUCAAGCGCAAGUGGAAAACCGGGUCAUUUUCCUGCCGGGAACGUUCCAGAACGUGAGCGUCUCCCGGAACGAGACGGUGCAGGCCGUGGUGUCCCGGAUCACCCCGGACGUCGCUUACGUCACCCUGCAGUUCCACACGCAGCACCGCAACGCCACGCUCUCCUACGCCAGGAUGCCGGGUCAGGGAACCUCUCUGACCGCAGUGGACUCGGGGCUCCUGUCGGCUCUCCAGCCGAGCCAGGCGUCCCUCUCCUUGUUUCUGUCUUCCCCCGAUGAGGACACAGUGGCGGGCACCGGGGUCAUCCUCCCAUACUCCAGCACCGACCCAGUCCCCGGAGCUUGUAACACGGAGUUCACCCUGGACAUUGACCCAAACGUCUAUAUCCUCUACAACCUCUAUGAGACCACCAUCCGGUUUGCACCGGCAAACUUAGGAUACGAGAGGGGAGAAGCUCCUGCCGCCUGCGACCAAUCGACAGAAGCCGACACGCGCUGGCGGCUGCUGUAUGACAUCUACCAGUACUUCCUGCCUGAGAACGACCUAUCAGAGCGCAGCCUGUUCAGUGGCAUUCAGGACGUGGCGGACGUCCAGGGCAUGAUGAAGAGCGGCAAGCGGGUGGGCCACUUAAGAACGAGAGCUCUCGUCAUGACGCUGCUAUCAUCCGAGAUGAGCAUGGCGGCAUUCAACUCCAUCCCCGGUCAGGGCGUCAUCUACUCGGUCAUCGUCAGAGACCCGCUGAUGAACAGCUCGGCCUCCUACAUCCCCGCCCACACCUACGCCUGCAGCUUCGCCUCCACGCUGGACGGCUGCCAAACACUCGGAAAGAUCUCUACAAAGGUUUUCUUCACGGUCGCUGGCCUGGCGGGCCUGUUUGUCUGCUUCUUUGGGCAUCGCUUCUUUAAAUGUGAGUUGUUUUGCAUGGGAUUCAGCUUCGGAACCUUUUUCUUCUUCGUGUUGAUCACAAGGACCACAGAACUCGACUAUGACAUCUGUCUGGCCAUGUCGGCGGUGAUCGGCGUGGUGGGCGGGGUCCUCCUGGUGAUGAGCUGGUGGCGUUGGGGUUCGGUCAUGGCCUGCAUCGUCGUGAUCGGACUGAUGCUCGGCUUCCUCGUCGCCUCCACGGUCCUCUUCACUCCUCUCGGUGACCUCGAUGUGCUCAGACGCUCGGAUGCCGUGUUCUGGGUGACCUUCUGCUGCAUCAUGGUCGUUGUGCCGCUGUUCUUCGUGCGUUGGCCCAGAGAGGGAAACAUCGUCACGUGCGGCACCGUCGGCGCCUACGCCGUGAUUCUGGCCAUCAACGCCUACAUCUACACCAGCCUGUCCUUCAUCACGCUGAACAUCCUCAAACGCUUCCUCAACAACAACUUCAGUGCCGUGUUCACCGACAUGCCCUUCCAGGCCAUCGACUACUCCAUGAUCACGGUGUGGGUGGUGCUCGGCGUCGGCGGCAUCGUCCUGCAGCUGUACCGCGAGCACUCCCGCCCGUUCUUCCCGCCCAGCCCGUACCUCAUGUGGCUGCAGGAACGCGAGCGCCGCAAGACCAACGUCCUGGACCCGAGCCACCACUUCCCCCCGCUGACCAACCGCCUCCUGGCCAGAGCGCGGCAGCUCACCAAGAGGAUGGACUCGGCCGGGGAGCACACGCCGCUGCUCCUGUAGACCUCGGACGCCCCUCGCCGUCGCUGGGGGGGGCGGGGGGGAGAAGAUCCCCGUGCUGCAUUUUUUCUGGAGGAAUAUUGUCCCUCACAGUGGGCGCUGGGACCCCAGGCCAGCUGACUGGAGGGUCCCAGUUGGAAUGCACCAUAAAUGACGCAGAGAGGGGGUUACCACUUUUUUUAAAUUCCUAAAAAAGGUUUUUGUACAAAGACUUUGACAUUUUGUCCCUCAUAACCAUUAUUUAUUUCAUGCUUAAAUGACAUUUGACCAAAUCACUGAAACUGAACAGAUGAAUAUUAUCUAAUAUAUCUCAAAUGUAGCUGUAGAUGCUUUUUGGUGUCUGUUACUAACUUCCUGCACUAAAGUUACAAACGACUAACAAUUAGCAAAGCGAAGCAUUUUAUCUGUGGACUUAUCGAUACAACAAAGCUGUUUCUCAAUGCAACAGCAGAAUAUUUCAUUUACUUUUUGUCGCUCGGCUGGCAUCUAAAUGUCCAUCCAGAACAUUGUUGUAGUUUGGUUUUAAAUUACAACCACAGGCCAAGUUGAUUUUUAAACUUUACAUUUUAGUUUUAGACUCGACUCUAAAUGUGCCGUUUAGCCCUGAAAGUCCUGCUGGAGUCACGCAGGUCAGGAAACGGAGGCUGCGAAAGAAAAACUGACCGAGUGAAUAAAUGUUGCACCGUUUUUUUUUUUACACGUUUGCCUUUUCACAGAAUAAGAUAAAGAAAACACACUUUUCUCUGCGCUCAGUGUCAGAGUAGUUUGAUUGAACCUCUUUGGACUGGAACUGUGCUGUCAGUCUUGUUGUUAUUUGCACUCUGGCUCUUAAUGUACUCGUUCUUAAUGUACUGGCUGUAAUGGUGCCGAUUUAUCGUCUUUAAACUGCCGCCCGUGUGCCGUGACUUCUCAGGGUUUUACGCUCAGCUUUCAGACACAACGCACCGACCAGACUUGGUCUUCAAAGCCUCUACGUUUUAUAUUUAGCUUUCUUUUUUUGUGGACUCUCAAAUAAAAAUCUAAAACAAUA